CUAUAUCAUAAAGUCAGUAGAAGUAAAUGAUUUUUUUAUAUCUAUACCAUAUCUACACAGUUUUUGUUAUUACAGGAAGCAAAGCUGAUUCGAAAGAAAAGGAUGAUAAAAAGAAACCUGGCGAUAAACGGGAUUCAAGUGAAAAGGGUAAUUCUUCUGAAGAAGACAAAGGAGGCAAAGGCGGUUUAAAAGAAAAGGAUGAUAAAAAGAAACCAGGCGAUAAACGGGAUUCAAGUGAGAAGGGUAAUUCUUCUGAAGAAAACAAAGGAGGCAAAGGUGAUUCGAAAGAGAAGGAUGAUCAAAAGAAACCUGAUGGCGAUAAACGGGAUUCAAGUGAGAAGGGUAAUUCUUCUGAAGAAGACAAAGGAAACAAAGGUGACUCGAAAGAAAAAGAUGAUAAAAAGAAACCUGGUGACAAACAGGAUUCAAGUGAGAAGGGUAAUUCUUCUGAAGAAGGCCAAGGGGACAAAGGGGGUUCAAAGGAAAAAGAUGAUCAAAAGAAACCUGGUGACAAAGGGGAUUCAAAAGAAAACAAUUCUUCGGAAGAAGGCGGCCAUCAAAACGACGACGAAAAUACACCAGAUAAAAAUUGUACACAUUGCAAAAACUUGCGCACAAUUUACGAUUAUGGAGGGUGCCGCGUCUUGUGCAGGGGCAAGAAGUCGCAUUGCCCCACUAAGUAUACCUGCAUAUCGUUAAUAGACCGCUAUAUGGAAGAUACUAGCAGAUGCAUGUACAACAAUAUCUACUAUCGUCUUGGACAUGUACUUUCUGGCUCUUAUCCUAAUCUAAAUAACAUUCAAACCUGCUCGUACGUCUGUAGAUAUGAUUCGAAAUUAAAAAUGUCCCGUUUCGUUGAAGAAAACUGUAGGCCAGUUGAUAAACCAAAAACGCGACUAUGCAAAGACGUGAUCAACAUGAACAUGCCUUUCUUAUUAGAAACUAAAUUGGGAGUCAAGUACAGCCCAAGAACUUGUAAAAUAGAACUUGUUACCGCUGAUCCUAGUCUAUUGCCGGAGAGUAAUUGUGUCGCGCAUCCCAGGAGCGGUCGCUGCUGCUACAUGUACGACAGAAAAUACAGCCGGCGCACCGUGCUUCCUCCAAACGUUGCUAAUUGCACAUGCACUUGUCCACCCCUACUGGAGUGCCAUUAAUCUCAUUCAAAUUCAUACUAAUUGGUAAUUUAGAACAAAAAGUGUCCUAUAAGGUUUAUCAAAUAAAAUCGUUCAUUUUUA